ACAGAAAUGAGCAAAUUACUACAAUGAAAUGGACACGCCUGUUGCACUUGGGAAGUGAAAGUGAAACUAUAAAGUGCUUUUCCUUUAUAUGUUUCAGGACUACGAAAAAGAUUCAGUAAUACUCUUCUCAACUGCAAGAGCAUCUCUGCGCUGUCAUGCCAAAUUCAACAUCAGCUCGGGGAGCGUGUGCCUUCUGUCAUCAGCAGGAGCAGAAUGCGGAGACCGGUGAAUUGCUAAAGACCAAUGAUAAUCGUGUAACUGCCCAUUAUAAUUGCAUGAUUUUUUCACCUAAUGUGAUAUCAACAAAUUCAACCUUGUUCGGUGGAUUUGAUAUUCGUUCUGUGAUAAAUGAAGUCAAACGUGGAAAAAAGACGAAAUGCAGCGUCUGUAAAAAAACUGGAGCAACUAUUGGUUGUGAUGUAUCAUGGUGCAAGAAAACCUACCAUUAUAUGUGUGCAAAGGAAGAUCAAGGAAUAAUUAUUGAAAAUGAAGAAGAAGAAAAAUAUUUAAUUUUCUGCGCUAGCCAUAAAAAAGCGGCACCAGACACCGUUACAACUUCUUCUGAGGAGGAGUUAGAUGAUCAUCCAGUGACCGGGGAUAGUGGGAAAGAUUCACCUGAGGCUCAUCUUGCUAAAUACAAUGUCUAUCAUGAGCUCCUUACAGACCUGCAGAAUGCAGAUAUGGAGUCACAUGAAUAUGAACAAGAACUUGUGCAGUACCUGUCUGCCAUCUCAGCCUCCCAGGAGAGAACUGAGGCACAUCUCAAGCGCAUAGGUGAUGCCCUAUGGCAAUUGGUUGCUAUAGGUCGCUCAUCUAUACAGACUGAUGUGUCUCAAAGGGAUGUGGUCACUGAGACUGAGCCUGUGAAGGGCUCAAAACAUGCAGCUCGUCCUCAGAGGAAUGAUCCAGGGCCCAGCACCUCUCAGCCUCGAUCUGGUGGAAUGCAGCAAUUACGUCGAAGGACUGCUGGAUCAUCUCCACUGGAUUAUCCGAGGACAUCCAAAUGUGGAAAAAAAAAAUUUAAUGUAACAAGAACAAAAGUACUUUAAAUGUUUUGUUACAAAAAGCACCUUAAAAUUCUGUUUUAAAAUAAAGAUUCUUAUUGCAAAUUGUUUCUGUUUUCAUAGUAUGUACCAGAAAUGCUCAGGAAUGAUUAAAACGAUUCACCAGCAGGCACAGCAAGUUGAAGCAGGGCAAGCCCUUGCAAUUUUAUUUGCAAAAGUGCAACAUUUCGGGGGUGAAAACCACUCUAUAAAGCAUGACACUUGCCGUGUGUGCCAGUGAAUCGUUUUAAUCACUUCAUACUGUGGGGGGGCAAUCCCCUAUCACUGUGCACCAGGCAGUAUCUUUUUUUUUUUUAAUUUCUUUUUAUUGCAUUUUUUUAAUAUACAUCAUCAACUUAAAUAAAUCAACUUUAACAGCAUCCGUUCAGUAGGCAGUACAGUCAUAUUAUAUCAAGUUCAAGGCACAUGUUAAAGUUUUCCUUAGAUUCAGUUUGGAUUGUAAGCCUUUACAUGGAAUUGUAGUCUUUAGAGAACCAGGAUGCGAACUAUCAUACCAAUAAACAAACUUUAUACCCAU